AUGCUAAAGGAUUUUAUGAAUUAGGUUAAAAACUUAUAAUAGAAUAUCAAUAUUCAAGAGGCGAUUUCAACUCUUACAGAAUUUACGAUAAUCGGAGACAAAAAUAAUUAGGACCUUUUUGAGUAUGAAUUUCAAGAUUUGUUAGCUUGUUCAUUGAAGAGAAAGUAAUUGAUGAAUUCCUUAGGAUUCUAAAAAAAACAACCGAAGCAGAUGUUAUAAUCAAAAUAUUGUCAUCUGUUUCCAUGCUAUUGUAACUAAAAUCAAUUUAAUAUGGUAUAGUACUAAUAUCAAUAAUAACCUAAUUGUUCUUCUUUCCUUACCCUAAUUAAACGAAUUCAUCAUAUUCGAUUAUAAUUUGAAAAAGGAUGAGAUCCCAGAUUACUACAUCAAUUUUAUUAAAAUUAUCUCAAAUAAGCUAAAUGCUGGUAAUAUUUAAUUAUUCUUCAAUUCUGUAAGCAUAUAUCAAUUAACACUUAUAGAAAUAUUGCUAGUUCCCAUUAUUGCUUUACUCAUAAAACUUCUACAAUUCACCCGAUAACUUAACUCGAAUAUAUACAAGACAUUUGCUAUUACACAUUUUGAAAAUUACUUAGGAAUCAAAACUAAGUCCAAUCCUGGUAAAAUACUUGCAAUCUUAUCCUUUUUUACAAGUUCUAGCAAAUCAUAUGCAGUUCAUGAGGGAAUUGUUCGCAAAAACCAAAGAGAAGCAUGAUAAUUUUGAUGAAGAACUUGGACUUAUGGAUCAUUUCUUUAAGGAUCUCUCUCAAAUGGUUCCUCAAUUGAAAUAAGUAACAGCAUCCUUAUUUUAAGAUUUUAGAUAAUCUAUUCAUGUAGAUCAUAAUUUUACCGUAAUAUAAGGAAAUAACAAAUAUAAAAGAUGAUUAAAAAACUUAAUGUUUUAACACCAUCUUGCAUUUUUUAUAAAAUGAUAUUUAUAUUAGCGAAAGAUUGUAAGUUGGAAUAUUUUCUUUGA